GGAGGGUGCCGGGCUGCCGUCAAACCGGCGGCCGAGAUGGUGGUGCUGAGCGCUUCGCUGUGGCUCCGCAGCCGCCUCACCGACCGCUUCUGGAGGGUGCAGGAGGUGCUGAAGCAUGCGAGGCAUUUUCGUGGAAGGAAGAACCGCUGCUAUAAGCUGGCUGUAAGAAGUGUUCAGAGAGCUUUCGUGAAGUCUACAAAGGCCAGAAGAGAGAAGAAGAGAUUCUUAAGAGCGCUCUGGAUCACUAGGAUUGAAGCAGCUUCUCUUGAACAUGGUUUAAAAUACCCAGCUUUCAUAAGCAAUCUGCUUAAGUCCCAGGUGGAGCUGAACAGGAAAAUGAUUGCCGAUUUGGCUAUUUAUGAGCCAAAGACAUUCAAAUCCCUAGCUGCCUUAGCCCAGAGGAGGAGACAAGAAGGCUUCCUCGCCGCCCUGGGAGACGGAAAAGAACCAGAGGGGAUAUUUUCACGUAUUGUACACCACUAUUGAUAUUAAAACAGUCUGCAGCUAUGCGUUAUGAAGAGGAACUUGCGUUGCAAAGUCAACUCGUUCGCCGACUGCUGCGAAGUUUGUAGCUGUGGAACAAAAUCCUCUAAGGAUGGUUCCAGAAGGACGGGGUGGGUCCGGACGCGAAGCUCGCGCCUCCGUGACUUUUUCCCCGGCAUCGCGUUGUAAACCGCGGUUUGACGCUGGCAGCGGCAAGUCAGGCCUGUAGAAUUUCCAGCGUUAACGACGUACGUAGCGGGCACACGCUUUCUGUUCUAAUAAAGAUUAAAUUUUUUGUUUGUUUU